AUGUCUGCGAAACUGCAGAAGCCGCGGGUUUCGCGUCAUGGCAAGCAGAUGCACCUCAACUACGAAUGCCCCCACCGAUUGAACAUCACCAAAGUCUACCCUCUCCAGAGUCCCCGCGGUGCUGACAUCAUCAUCUCCGGCUACGACGACGGCCUUCAUAUUCUCUGGAGAGGUGGCCGUCCGCUGUCCACUGCCUCGCGCACCGUCACCGAGCGCGUAAACGAUCUUUCAGGCACACGAACACAGCACACCGAGUGGAACCACCCCAUCUCGAUUCAUAAGUCCCCCGUCACCGAAGACAUCCCAGACAAGGACAAGCCACGUUACGAGGCUGAAGAUGAAGAGCUGGAUGAAGACGAACCAUACCCGUCGUUCGCACAAGAGCUGAAACUCUCCUUCGGCAGUCCAGUCCUCCACCUGGCUCUACCAAACAUCCCUCAGCCUUCGACCACCCUACAAUCCAGAGCCCAGCUUCCUCUCUUAGUCAAGCAACGUAUUGUCCUGGCCGUCGCCUGCGCCGACGCUUCAUUGCGCCUGAUCACACUACCUCUCACACCGCCGUCGGCGUCAGCAAAGAGAAAUGGUCGUCUCGGUGCUCAGAUCUGCGACCUCAGUCCCUCAUCAUCGUCCUCAGCCAUGGCCAGAGAUGUUGCUCUGACUUGGACGAACAGCUCGAGCCUGCCUGCUGCUGAGGACCAGAUGGACUUGGACAAACCACAACAAGAAGCCUCUUCCGCGAACCAUGAGAAGCUCGAUCUACUUGUCGCCUCGUCCACAUCGGCGCACCUUGAGACUCUCACCUUCUAUCGCAUUCCCAUCGCUUUCAACGACUUGACAGGAGGCAAGAUUCCCAAUUCUGUCAACCCCUUUCACGCUGUCCCUCUUUCCUCUUCGUCGCAAUGCCUUCGUUUCAGCACCGCUCAAUACCCUUCACGCCAACAUUCGCGCUUACUCAUAGCUGAUGUCAAGGGCACUUUGAAGAUCUACGAUCCUUUCGCAACAAAAGGCCGUCCCUCAUCUCGCGGUACCGAUGCGUCUGCUGAGCCUGGUGCUUGGAUUUCGGCUUUUAACACUGCUUUUCAGAUGCCAAAGGGAGCUACAAGUAACUACCCCGGCCUUGCACAAAGAAGAAAGAUUGUCGACGUCGCAUGGGUGUCGGGUGCCAAAGCUGCCUUGGUCCUUUUAGAUCGUGGCGAGUGGGGUGUAUGGGAUAUUGAAGCUGUAACGCAAAAGAAGAUGAACACUUUUGCCAUUCAGGGGUUCAUCGGAAGUACGGACGCUGCACCUUCCGACCUCAAGAACAGAUCUGCGCAAGGACUUGCCCCAUCCACCCCCAACACCCGUCAGCAACGCCAAGAAUCUCUCUUUGGUGCCCCGAAGCCCGCUGCCCCUGCGACCACAUCACCGAGGGGUGGUGUUUGUGCCGUUGCGACUGCUGGGAGCCAUGGAUCGCUCGAUGACUCUGUUGUCUUGUGGUACGGCAGUGAAGCAUACCACAUUUCAAGUCUUGCAUCCCUAUGGCAGCGCAGUCUCAACAGCAGUGGCAAGGAUAUUGGCUCUCUAUAUGGACCGGGCCUUUCACACGUUGAAGGCUUGGACCUCUCUGGCGAGAUUCUCAACGGUAUCACCCAGUUCCCUACUCGUUCUACCGCGUUGAACCUAGGCGCUCUAUCUCAGCGUGACUUCGCAGUCACCGGCGAGUAUCGUCUUGUUAUCAUUCAAUCGAUGCGACCACAAACACCUGCCAAGUCAUUGUUCACACAAGCAACAGCUGGAGCAGGUAACGGCUCUAGCAUAUUUGACCAACAACUCUUGGAUCGUGGAGAGCUAGAUCUCGGUGGUAUGGAUCGCCUGCUCGAUGGCAUGGGCACCAGGACCAAUGGCUUCGCUCCUGCGGUAACCAAGAAAAGAGUUGGAUUUGCUGGCUGA